CCACAACUCGCGCCAACUUUGAAUUUGUGGAGAAGCAGAUCAUGGAAAAUAAAUACACGGGUUUUCCGGAAAUUUCGUAAAAUGUACUUGUCAAAAUAAUAAUAACAAAAGUUAAAGUAUCGUGCCAUUUAAUUAUAGAGAUUAAGGUGCAAGUGGUUUUCCCGUACAGUUCACAGUUUCCAACACUCACGCCGCAACAUUGCGCAUAAUUGAAGGAAAAGACAAUACAUCGCAAAUGUGAAAUGGCUGACCAUCAUUUCAGUAACAGUGGGGGCGCACCACCACGGGGAAUAUUGAAAAACCGGGAUGGCAACUCUUCGUCCAGAUUCUCGGGAGGAGCACCUCCGGAAAUGGCACCUGGGGACCCACGCCUAAAUCAUAGAAACUCUUCAGGAGGAGGAAAUGGGGAAACGACUAACUGGAUGAACGUGAUGCAGAGUGGAGGAGGAGGUCUCGGCCCUCCUGGCGCUUCGCCCACUGUCGGACUAGGGAGUGAUGGAAGAUUGGAGCGUUCAUUGAAUCUAAAAAUGAACGAAUUUAUCGCGAGAAAAAAAGACUUGCUUUUCAAACCGUUGACGGCAGAUGAAAUGCCUCUCGCGGAAGUGAAAGGAUUUCAGCAUAAUUCCGAAGAUCAUUACGGACUUGUCCCAUCAUUGGAUCACUAUCUCCACGUUGAUGGUCCAGAAAUUCGAAGCUAUUUCUUUCAAAACCUACAAGUUGGUGACAUUUUGAUAGCUUCAGUUUACACCAAAAAUAACUCUGGGAUAAAUUUGAAACUUUUAUCGACCGACGGUGGAAAACACAUCGUAUUAGAGGAUCUCGGAAUCAAAGCGUUUUGCCCAGCGAGUCACACAGUUCCUCCUCGAGAGAAGAAUGAUUACGAAAUUGGAGAUACCGUGAGAGUUGAAGUACUCGAAGUUUCAGCCGAUUCAGAAAAACUUGUUUGUGGGAUGAAAGGCGUAACGUUAAGCCCAGAAAUGCAACACACUUUCCACCUCGGAAAAAUCAGUCGUCACGACUUUCCUCGUCAAUUCACGCUGGCAACGAAUGACUCUGACUCGCGAUAUAGAAGGAGCUACGAAGAUAUGUUAACUCGCAGCAGUGGGUUUCAAAAUCCAACAAAUAUCGGUCAUUUAGCAUCAACAAUGGGAAUUUUGAGCAACAGAAACAGUUUGAUGGUUGGAUUGAGGAAUGAAUUUCCAGUCAAGGAGGGAGCCGCAUACCUUCGCCGAAUCCAAAAUGGAAAAUGGGCACAUGGAAAUGUGGCAGAUGGGAUAAAAUAUUUUAAGAUGGGAAAGUUUACAGAAGCAUUCCAAUGUUUGAAUAAAGCUCUCAGCAUCGACUCAGAGAAUGUUGAAGGACUCGUUGCACGAGGCGCAUUGUAUGCCAACAACGCUGGGUUUGAAAAAGCCAUUGAAGACUUUGAAGCAGCCUUGAAGUUUAAUCCCAAUCAUUACAAUGCCAGAAAGUAUCUUGCAGAAACUUUAGUUGCAUUGGGAAAACAACAAGAAACAGCUGCCAAACUAGAGGAUGCAGUCUCUUCCUAUUCUAAAUGUCUCGCGGUUAAACAGGACCACAAAGAAGCAAGGGACGCUCUGUUAUCCUUAUUCGAUCGAACCAAUAAACUCGACCUAACGAAACUCGUUCCACCCGCCGCCUUGAAGGCUGCUGAACUAAAGGAAAGGUUAAAGUUAAUACUGCAGACUGAAAUGAGGAUGAAUUUGGACGGGGGAAAAAUUGGAGGAAAAGAUAAAAAGUCCAAAAGGAAAAAGGGUAGAAAGUCGUCGGCUUCUGAUGAUGACUCUUCUACUUCAUCAACUAGUGAAUCGGAGUCGGAUUCAGACUCUUCUGAUGACUCGGACAAGGGGAAAAAGCGCAAGAAGAGUAAGAAAAGCAAGAAGAAAAAGAGUAAGAAAAGUAAAAAGUCGAGAGAGGAGGCGCGACCAAUGUCGUUAAGUCCAUUUUCUAAACGCCUUGUGGAUCCCCGCGGACAAGGGGUGUCAGGUUCUGGAUUAUCUGGGUUUAAUGAAUCCUCGUUCUCCGAAUGGGGUCAACAAUUAGGAUUAUCGCAGCAGCAAACAGUACAUCAAGUUCAUGAUUCUGACGACGAGUCAAAACGAUCGAGUAAAAAGUCUAAAGAUAAGAAACGAUCAAAGAAGAAGGACAAGCGUAAGAAACGCCGACGAAAUUCCUCAUCUUCUUCGGAGUCUGAUUCAGACGACUCUGCGAGAAUUAAGGACAAACGGAAAUCCUCAAAACUUUCGUCAGCCAAUACAUCUCUUAAUUUGGGGGGCAGUAUUUCUUCAGUUAUUCCUGACCUUGGAGACUUGGAGGCCAAGUUGAGCGCAUAUUAUUCAAAGAUUGAACAUGAAAAACUCGAGCCUAUUGUUCCUCCACAAGCCGUGAAGAUAACUGUUGAAAGAAACAACAGUGGUGGAUGGGAACAAAACAGGGAUGCGUAUAAUGAACCCGCUCGAAAAGUUGAGAUGAAAUCUAAUGCAGACUUAAAACACGAUUUAUACAACAGUGGAGGAUGGCAUGAUGGGGGAAAGGGGGGAAAUAAGAUUGAGCUGCGCACUGAUGACUAUGGAAAUUAUAUUCAACCCGAGAAAAUAGUGAGAACUGUGCUCAAUACUACCUCAGAACCUACCUCCUCAGAGCCGAAGCCUAUAAAGUUUGAAAUUAAAUUUAAAGCGAAUGCAGUGGUUCCUCAGUCGGAAAAUGAGCAAGGAUCCAAAUGGAGACCGUUAGGAUCCGCUCCAAGCCCGGCUGAAGAUGACGACCCAAAAGCGGCUUCCCCUGCUAAGCCAGCCAUUCGAAAUCCAUUCGAGGUCCAAAAGUUUGACAAUGACAACAAUAAAGAUCGAAACUAUCGUGGACGGAAGUCAAUAUCACCUCGUCGUGGUGGUCAUCGUCGCAGUGGACGAUCACAUUCUCGCAGCUCACGAUCAAGUUCGUAUUCCAGGAGUAGAUCUCGUUCACCACGCCGAAGUCGGAGUCGUUCCCCCCGCAGUCGAAAUACUAACCGAUACAGAGGAGAUCGACGUGGCGGUUAUGACCGUGAUCACUACGAUCGUCGUGAUUAUAGGGAUCGAGGUCGAGGAGGAGUUCGAUUUUUUAGAGGAUUUAACAGCAAUCGUGGAGGUGGAAGUCGGCGAGCAUAUGUUCCAAGAGGAAGAGGGCGGCGAGACUAUCGACCUAAUGGACCUCGGGAUAGCAAGUUUAGAAAUCGAUUCAGUCAUAGCCCUUCCAGGUCAAGGUCUCCUCGUGAUCGUCGUGAUCGAAGGAGUAAUUCUCGGUCUAAAUCAAGGUCCCGUUCUGUAGAACGUAGUACCGAUGCUCGUCGUCACUCUGUUGAAUUGGAAAAGAAGAACAAUAAUGACGAAGCCUCAUGGGAAGAUAAAAGUCGUGCAGAUGAAGUUAGUGAAAUUCAGAUUGGAGAAUUAACAACCACAAAGGCGUCUGAUGUUGAGGAAUUGCUUGAUAAAAGAAAUGCCGAAAAGAAAGAAGAGUUGAGGAAGAGUAAUCCUGAAUUCUUUCGAAAGUAGGAAUAGCAGUAGAAUCUUUUGACUUGAUGACUUGUGAGUUGAGUGGUAGAACUAUCUACAUACAAAAAUUUGGUAACACAUAAUUCAUUUUUUCCUUUGCUAGUGAUUACACUUUCAUAAUUUGUUCUUACCAUAAUAGUUAAUUAAUUUGUCGCGUUCGCUUGUUGUAUUCUUAAACUGUUUAGUUUAUAUUGUCCUAGAUUUAUUCUUCUUAUAGAUGAGCAUUUUAAAUAAAAGUUAAUUUACAUAAUAAAUGUUGUGAAGC